AUGGCGGACCCGGCGGAGUGCACCAUAAAAGUGAUGUGCCGAUUCAGGCCGCUGAACAAUUCCGAAGUGAUGAGAGGGGACAAAUACAUCCCCAAAUUUCAAGGGGAGGACAACGUUGUUAUUGGGGUCAGUAAAACUGGAGCCGAGGGAGCUGUGCUGGAUGAAGCAAAAAACAUCAACAAGUCUUUGUCAUCACUUGGAAAUGUCAUCUCAGCUUUAGCAGAAGGCUCUACUUAUAUCCCAUACAGAGACAGUAAAAUGACAAGAAUUCUUCAGGACUCUCUUGGGGGUAACUGCAGAACCACCAUUGUUAUCUGCUGCUCUCCCUCUUCUUACAAUGAAGCUGAGACUAAGUCCACACUGAUGUUUGGUCAAAGAGCCAAGACGAUUAAGAACACAGUCUGUGUUAAUGUCGAGCUCACAGCUGAACAGUGGAAGAAGAAGUAUGAAAAAGAAAAGGACAAGAAUAAGACUUUACGGAACACCAUACAGUGGCUUGAAAAUGAACUAAAUAGAUGGCGGAAUGGUGAAAGCGUGCCUGUUGAUGAGCAGUUUGACAAGGAGAAGGCCAAUGCUGAGGUUCUUGCUCUUGACAACGUUGUGAACAAUGACAAGCCAGCUCCUUCCCCUGGAUUCCCAGCGGUUAAAUUCACUGAUGCCGAAAGAGUCAAGUAUGAGACAGAGAUUGCUAAACUCUACAAGCAACUAGAUGACAAGGAUGAUGAGAUCAACCAACAGAGCCAGCUGGCGGAGAAGCUGAAGCAACAGAUGUUGGACCAGGAGGAGCUGCUUGCCUCCUCCCGGCGCGAUCACGAUAACCUGCAGGUGGAGCUGAACCGGCUGCAAGCCGAGAACGAGGCCUCCAAGGAAGAGGUGAAGGAGGUGCUCCAGGCCCUGGAGGAGCUGGCGGUCAACUACGACCAGAAGUCCCAGGAGGUGGAGGACAAGACCAAGGAGUUUGAGAUGCUUAGCGAAGAGCUUAACCAGAAAUCGAGCAUUCUGGCAUCAAUAGACUCGGAACUUCAGAAGCUUAAGGAAAUGACUAACCAUCAGAAGAAGAGGGUCACAGAAAUGAUGUCAUCACUUCUCAAGGACUUGGCAGAAAUAGGAAUUGCAGUAGGAAGCAAUGAUAUCAAGCAACACGAGGGGAGUGGGAUGAUCGACGAGGAGUUCACAGUGGCUCGCUUGUACAUCAGCAAGAUGAAGUCGGAGGUGAAGUCAAUGGUGAAGCGCUGCAAACAGCUGGAAAGUACCCAGACGGAGAGCAACAAGAAGAUGGAUGAGAACGAGAAGGAGCUGGCUGCCUGUCAGCUGCGCAUCUCCCAGCACGAAGCCAAGAUCAAGUCUCUGACCGAGUACCUGCAAAAUGUGGAGCAGAAGAAGAGGCAGCUGGAGGAGUCCGUGGACUCGCUUAACGAGGAGCUGGUGAAGCUCAGUGCACAGGAAAAGGUCCACGCUAUGGAGAAAGAGAAUGAGAUUCAGACUGCCAAUGAAGUCAAGGAGGCUGUGGAGCAGCAGAUUCAGAGUCACCGCGAGGCUCAUCAGAAACAGAUCAGCAGCCUCCGUGACGAGCUGGACAAGAAGGAGAAGCUCAUCACUGAGCUCCAGGACCUGAACCAGAAGAUCAUGCUGGAGCAGGAGCGCCUACGGGUGGAGCACGAGAAGCUGAAGAGCAUGGACCAGGAGAAGAGCCGCAAGCUGCACGAGCUCACGGUUAUGCAGGACAGGAGAGAACAGGCCAGGCAGGAUCUCAAGGGUCUGGAGGAGACAGUGGCAAAAGAGCUUCAGACGCUGCACAAUCUGAGGAAAUUGUUUGUGCAGGAUUUGGCUACCAGAGUGAAGAAGAGUGCUGAGAUGGACUCUGAUGACACAGGUGGCAGCGCUGCUCAGAAACAGAAAAUCUCCUUUCUCGAGAACAACCUCGAACAGCUCACAAAGGUCCACAAACAGCUGGUACGUGACAAUGCAGACCUUCGCUGCGAGCUUCCGAAACUGGAAAAACGCCUUCGGGCUACAGCUGAGAGAGUUAAGGCCUUGGAGUCUGCGCUGAAGGAAGCCAAAGAGAAUGCCGCUCGCGACCGCAAGCGCUACCAGCAGGAAGUGGAUCGCAUCAAGGACGCUGUGCGCGCCAAGAACAUGGCCAGGAGGGGGCACUCGGCGCAGAUAGCCAAACCCAUUCGCCCCGGCCAGCCUCCUGUGGCCUCUCCAACGCACCCCAAUGUGAACCGCAGCGCUGGGAACUUCUACCAGAACAGCCAGACGGUAUCCAUCCGAGGAGGGGGAGGAAUGAAGCAGGACAAGAACUGCUGAAUAUUCAACAUAAUCGAAGAGGAAGAUGCAGAUAUGAUCCAGGAAACCUGUCAUUCCAUUGCAGUGAAAAUGUCCCACGAGGAUUCACAGGAUUAUUUUUCAAUAUAUAUAUCAAAUAUAUCUGGCUUGUACAGUUCUACCCUGAUAUUUUUCUCCUGUAUGAUUGUUUUCCUUACAAAACGAAACCACACGGAAAUCCUGAGUGCAAUCUAGGCAUCUUGCAAAAUAACUACAGGUGACUUUAAUGUGUAGCUCUGUUUUCUUGCACAGUUUGUUGUCCUUCAUGUCUUAAGAUUAGUCUGCACUGUGCCAAGUUGAAUGUAUGUAACAGGUUUUCAAAAAUGUAAAAGGAAAAAAAAUCCUAGCAGAAACGUCCUAGACUAAUUUGUGUACAUUUCAUUGUUUUAGGGGUUGUAAAAGUUUCUCUGAGUAGAUAUGAUAAGCUUGUUAAAAGUUUUGAACUGAACGGAUAGCGAAAACACUACUGUCCCAUUGUACAGGUUGAAUUAGCACUGUACAUGUUGUUUUGAGUAUCGGGAUGUGGGGCUGAAAAUUGGACAAAUGCUGUAAUAUAUGGAUUAUCUGAAAGGCGCACUCAUGACAUAAGCCUGUGGAAGCCAAGGCCUUGAUAAUUUUAGAGAAAGGAAACGACUCCAGCUGAACAGAAGGAAGCUGCUUAGGAAUUAACAAUAUACCAUAUUGCCAGGAUUUCAAUAAAUUAAUGUACUGUAUCAUAAAAAAUAUUAUUGCAUUGUUACUGAAUACUAUACAUAUAUACAUAAAUGCCUUUGUUAGGCGGAAAUGGAACACUUGCUUGUCCUGUCCAUGAUAUUGUCCAUUUGUGUGCUUUUCUUUUUUCAAUCUCAGCGUUGGUAUCAAUCAACAUUCUGCUGAAGGGCCGUAGAAAUGGCAUUUUUUUUUUGCUUUUUAAUACAUAGUGAUCAUGAGUUAAAAGCACUCUUUAUUUCUUCUCUGAACUGGUUUUUGAGUGAAGAGGCUGUAAUCGAUAACGGGGUGAAAUGAGUAGGACACCAUAACUGACUUGUGGACAUUGCAUGUAGAAGGUUAACUUCAUGUGUAGUCAUUUUUGGGGGGUUGCUAAUUUUGGUUUGGCAUAUUUUUGCUGGUAAUUUUAUCAAAUAUACCAUUUUCAUAGGGCUUUAAGACCAAUCAUGACUGUGUUUUUUCUGUUUUGUUUUUUUAAACGUUAUGUGCAUGUUCAGUGCCAGACUGUUGUUGUUGGUCUUGAGUAACACGUUUGUUGAAGUGUGUGACUGGCAGAUGGGGGCUUUUAACUGAUAUUGCAAACACUCCUUUGAAGACUGAGUCCGAUCUCUUCAGCCUUUCAGUCCCGUUUCCUUGAGCAUGGAUUUGUUGCUUCGGCUGCUGAUCAGCUAGUCAGUUGAGCUGAAGCUUUUAAUUGAACAAAUUGUUGCUUAUCUUUUCUGUGCUGUCCUUUUAUACAGUAAAAUUUGUUAUUUAAAGGUGUUAUGAUGAAUAGUUAGGAAAGGUUUCUUUUGUUUUAUUCUCACUUUUUAUCAUUUUUCUCCCAAAAGAAAAAUAAAGCUAUACAAGAUUUCCAUAUCCUUAUUUUAAUUUUUUAAACUUGGGAAGACAUCUCUACAUCCUGGUAGCCUUGUACACCUGAAUUCUCCCAGCUUAGUUGUAAGUGCAGUGUUGAUAAGCCUUUGUAAACCAGGACAUUGGCUUCAUUAAAAAUAGGGAAUGAACUUUGCUUUAGAAAAGGAAAUCUAAAUUAAAUAUUGAAUCUCAGCUUCUGAUUUUCUUAGUAGUGACUAUUGGGUUGAAAUAACCUGCAAUAUGAUGAGGAUUUGACAUUCAGUCUGUAGCACUUUAAAACUCUUAUUCACAUAAACCUGCACCUAGGAACUGCCUAAAACCAGGUCCUUUUAAAAAAAAAAAAGACACUUUGGUUUUAUAGAAUAAAAUCCAGUGUUAACUUACUGGAUAUUUAUGCAGUGUUACAUACAGUAUAAAGCUGUCUUUCCAUGGUUUGCCUUGAAGCUACAUUUUGGACUUUUCCGAGAACUUACUCCCAGCUCUGGUAAAAUACCUGGACAGGACAAUGCUCUGUGUACCAGAUUCUUUUCUGUUCACUGUAAGAACAGUAAAUGCAUUGUAAUGUAUCUUUCAAGUGCUUACUGUAGGCUUGUUUGCCCAGAUUGUUCAAAUCUAGAAAUUGAACACAAGUAAAAGAAAAAAAAGCAACUAAUAUUUAUUCAUGGUGAUCGACUAAAUUAUUUGCAUUAAUUUUAAAAAGAAAGCUGCUGACAUUUAUUACUGUGUAAUAGUAACUAAAUUUUUGAUAGACCGUGAAGAUUCCAUCAAUGGAGAAUGGUACUGGAUUUUUCCUAGACAGCAAGGGCACAUCUGAAGGCUCUGAAUGGAUUUUGGUGAUGCCACCAUCUACUUCUGAUUGACUGCAUGCUGUACAUGUAUGUGUGAAUAAAUAAAAAAGUACUCCAAAUUGUCUUCAAAUUCAAUGAAAUCACAGAUUUUUGAACGGGUUUGCCUGCCCUAGAUAAGACUACAUAUGCAAAGAAUAAAAUUGUUUCUACUCACCAAUGUAAAGUAAGUUAAUACCUAGAAGUGUAAUGUACCAAGCUGAAAAUGUUUUCAAUAUUACAACCUUUGUAUGAUGCAAUCUGAAAUUAACUUCUCUUGACACUAA